ACUCUCUCUAUUUUGCGUCGAGCAAGAAGGACCCCUAAAUCCUCUCUCUCUCUCUAGCUCUCUCUCUCCUUCUCUCUCUCUCUCUCUCUCUCUUGCUCGCUCGAUCAAGAAUCGAUCUUCGUCUUUCAAACGAUUAAUGGAUACUUCAUCCCUCGAUCUGAGCCUGCUGUUGUGCUGCCUCGUCUUCGUCCAGUUCGAUUCCAUCGAUCUCUUGCUCUCCACGUCUUCCCAUCCCCAGAUUUUUAGUCAACCUUCCUGUAUCCCCUCUAUCUGACCAAAGGCAACCAAAAAAAAAAAGAAAAAAACCCAAGCAGAAAUCGAUAGGGGAUUUUGCGCGUGUAUUCUUUCCUGCCUCGGAGCCGUCCGUCGUUGCCGGAGCAGCAAUGGGGAAGCGUAGCUCGCAGCGUAAACAUGCUACAAUGUUGGAUAGUGAUGAUGAUAACAGUAGUGUAAGUUCGUCGUCCACUACCCGUUCGGACCACAUGUCAGUCAGUGCGAACGAGGAAGUACAGCUCGAUAAAGAUAGUUUGCUUGAUCAAGCUCUUGAUGCUUUGUAUGAGAAGAGGGGUUCUACACGGGAGAAAGCAUUGUCAACAAUAAUUGAGACUUUCAAUAGUGGCCUGCAGCAUGAGUUUGUGGAAAAGAAAUUCGCUACCUUACUGCAUCAGUGCAUAGCUUCAAUAAAGAAAGGUUCUGCCAAAGAGGUAUCAUUGGCAUCACACGCUAUUGGGUUGUUGGCUUUGACUGUUGGUUGUGGUGAUAAUGCACGGGAGAUUCUGGAAGAAACUGUUCCUACACUGUCACAGGCCCUCAAAAUAGGAGCUGAUUCCUCAAAAAUAUCUGCGUUAUUGGAAUGUUUGGCUAUUGUCACCUUUGCUGGAGGGAAUGAUCCUGCCGAGACAGAGAGGUCAAUGCAAAUUAUGUGGCAGCUGGUUCACCCAAAGCUCGGUUCCAAUGUGGCUGCUGCUAAACCUUCGCCGGCAGUAAUAACAGCUAUGGUUUCUGCUUGGGCUUUUCUCCUUACAUCUAUAGAGGGUUGGAGUCUUGAUCCGAAAAUUUGGCAAGAGUCUAUUUCAUAUUUAUCUGGAUUACUAGAUAAGGAUGACCGAUCAGUCCGCAUUGCUGCUGGGGAGGCAUUGGCUGUGAUUUUCGAGAUGGGAAGCCUUGAAAAGUUCUGUUCUCAAGUUAAAGACACUGGUGGCGGCUCCACUCAAGAUGGAAAGGAGUUGGUGCACAUGCACGGUUUGAAAGCAAAAGUUUUGAACCAAGUCAGAAACCUCUCAGUGGAAGCAGGUGGUAAAGGUUCUGCCAAGAAAGAUCUAAAUAGCCAGCGCAACUUGUUUAAGGAUAUACUGGAAUUUCUUGAGUAUGGAUCAUUUCCUGAGACCUCAAUGAAGAUAGGUGGAGAUGCUUUACAGACAUCAACAUGGUGUCAGUUGAUACAGUUGAACUUUGUAAAGCACUUUCUCGGUGGUGGUUUUGUGAAGCACAUGCAGGAGAACGAGCUCCUCCACGAUAUUUUUGGCUUCGCUCCGAAGAAAAAGUAUAAUUUAGGAGUUGAACACCAAAUGUCUAGUGGCGAAAAGAGGUUGUACAAGUCCCCAAACUCGGUCUCUAACAAGGCGAGGACCCGAUUCUUGAAUAAGCAGCGCAUGUUGUCCGAGGGUAGAAACGUCGGGCAAUUUGCAGUGGGUGCGGGUGAUGAUGAAUUCUGAAUCGGGUAGCGCUCACUACCAAUAUGUACUUCGCCGCUGUAAUCUGACUUGGCGGUUUAAGGCUUAUAUUCGAUGAACUUUGUUUCAUACUUCAUAGGUCCCAUUUUAGAUUUGCUUUCAUAUAUGUGAUUUGGGCACCGACUGCCAACUGCCCAUGUUAAAGUUCACACUAUUAGUUGAAAAAGGUACAUGCUAUUCUUUA